AUUGCGCAUAUUUUUCUCGAUAAAUUAUGGCAAGGACACACGAGGACGAUUUCGUGCGACUAACGAACCGUGUCCAGGCCCCUUAUAAGACAUCCGAAGUAAUGAGCUCCAUGAGCAGUGAAUCAGGAACAACGCAUCCAAUCUUGUCCGGUACGAUGGGACAUCUAGUCGUCGCCCUUAUCACCGUGUGCGCUCUUACAUUCUCCUCCGCCCUCGCCGAGGAGAUGUACACCACGAAAUUCGACAAUGUAGACGUGGACGCGAUAAUAAGCAACGACAGGCUGUUAAACGGAUACGUGGGUUGCCUGCUCGAUCGGAAUCCCUGCACCCCGGACGCGGCGGAGCUCAAAAAGAAUCUGCCGGACGCGUUGGAGCACGACUGCGCCGGAUGUAGCGAGGCGCAGAAGAACGCGGCCGACAAGAUCUCACAUCAUCUGAUCGACAACAAGCCGGACGAGUGGAAAUUAUUGGAGGACAAAUACGACUCUACCGGGGCGUACCGACGGCGUUACCUGGAGAACAAGUCCAGGGAAGGGGAUAGGGUCGAUUAAGAUCGUUCUCCACGCCCGUAAGGACCGUACAAAUGCCGACUCUAUAAUGCCGACCUCGGCUCUAUCCUCUGGACUUGAUUGCUCACCUUGUAAUCCUUGUCACACGCGGCGGUUUUACUUUACGUAACGAUUACUUGCGUAAUGGAAAACCCUGUCGCGCGUUCCAUCAUCAUCUUUCGAAACAUGGAAGUUUCCGUGUAUAUAUAUUGAGACGGGAUAUAUUUAAAACGAUAAACCACAAAACAAAAACGCUUGAGUUUUACGUUGCAUUUUCGCAUUAACGCGCAAUUCCCCCACUCUCUCUCGCUGUAGAUUUGAUUUAAACCUCUGUUUGAAAGCGUAUACGUGCUUGCAAUUUUAUUAAUGUUACUUUAUUUGAUUUAUUAAACUUUUAUUGACUUGUAAAGACAAAUCUCUCAUUAAACGUAAUGACUUAAUAUCCUUGAAUUAACAACGAGUCUCAUUUUACGAGUCUUUGCUUGCGUCAUAGAUGUGACAAAUAAUGUGUAAUAAGAAUUCCUUGGUCAGCAAUGUAUGCAUAAAAAAAUUCAUUAGAAUGUAUUUUUUAUUUCGAUAUCGACAAUUAUAAUGGCAAGGAUUCAUAUCAAUCGUUCAUGAAAAUGAUUUAGUUAAAAGUAAUUUGGCAAUGAGAAUAUCGCAAUAAUGUAUUAUAUGCACAGAAAGAGAAUGUACGAUGCACAGAAAGAGAGAGAGAGAGAGAGAGAGAGAGAGAGAAACAUACGGAAAUAAUAUUAAAUAAUUUGCUGCAAAUAAUUAUAAUCUACACGUAGAAUUGAGUAGGUGAGGCAAUUUAGAUACAAUUAUCCUUGCAUAACGACGAAGAAACGAUUACAUAUCUAACAUAUCUUACUUAUCUUAUUACAUAUCACAUAUUUUAUUAUCAAUAACAUAUCUUUACAAUGUUGGAAUAUCUACAACAAUAAAUUGAAAAAAAAGUAAAACAUUGUGGGCGAGCUAUAGCCUCUGUUUUUACGACAAUCUGAUCGACAAUUACUUUAACUCUAUAGCCGUGCUUUAUGUUUUUUUAAAUUCUAGAUAUGUUUCAGUGUUACAAAUAUUGUUUAAUCAUCUCUGUGGUUAUAUAAAAAGUAAACAUAUUAUCUUAUUAUUUUAAUAGCUAUUCGUUUUUUGUCAUCCAGUCGUUUAUGAUUAUAUCGAUUUCGCUAAGAAAAUUUACGCUGCUAUGUAACAUUGACAUUCUGUAACAUUGACUUAUAUAAUAUCGAAAUAAACACAUUUGCAUCCAGUAA